UAAUAAUUUAAAUUUACAUAAAGAAUACCUAUAAGGCAAUUGAAUGCCUUUGUUGUCAAUUCUUAAAUUACUACUAAAUUUUACAACAGUUCGUGCAAGUCUUUGAAAAUGAUACAAACUUAUCACCCUCUAUAAAAGAAAAGCCCAGCAUCUUUACAAUUUCACCAUGAAUACCAAUCCCAGCACAAGCACUUCUGUAUCCAGCAACGAUGCAACAUUUUUCUAUGGCUGGGAUUUGUUGUUCAAAGUAAUUGCAAGUGAUAUAAACAAGAAGUCCGAUGUGCUAAUAGCACUUCUUCACUUUUUGCUAACCAGGCAUUACAAUCUCGCCUGCGUUGGAAUCGGCGACGAUAGAACUCUGGCAGUGGACGAAACCGGCUCUGAGCUUCUCCCUGAAUGUUGGAACGAUGAUGAUACAAAGUACUCACUACGCUAUAUAAACCAAAAGAGAAAUAUGUAUUUGCUACUUGGUCACAUCACAGAGGAAAGCAUUCUGAUUAAUUUAUUGGAUGUAAACAAUACCAAACACGUUUCGAACAUUUAUCUGGAACCAGAGUCAUUGGUAGCGGCCAUGAAAGGCAAUAUCAACAAACUUAUUCCGACAGUGUCGGAUGUUAUCAAUCGAUACCGUGAGGAGUUGUUGGACCCGGUAAUUAAAAUAAUGAAUACAGAAGAUGUUGCAGCAACAACAACGCAAACUGUCCACCCCACAAUGCCGGAUCCAUUGCUUGUUGGUGUACCAAAACGUCCAGGACGAUUUAUGCCAAGCGGCUUUGAUCCCCAACCUUUUGGAUUUCCCGAAGUUGGACGUGGGGACUUGGAUCCUCUCGGCCGCGGUGGUGGUGGUAACUUGUUUACCUUUCCCGGGCAAGGUGGGAUACCACAUCCGUUAGCCAAUCCGUCGGCAGGAAGGAUUCCCCGCCCACGUUUUGAUCCUUAUGAUCCUUUCGCUGAACUUAAUCGAUUUGGUGGCCCCAAUCCUGACCAUCUUCAACCUCCUAAUUGGGGAAAUCCUGAUUAUUACAAUUAAUUUGUGAUUUCAAACACGUUUUGUGAAUAUAGAAUAAAGGUGAUCGAUGAUUAUGGUUUA